GCCCUGCUGGGUUUUGAAUCAGGCGCUGAUUUCCAUUCCGCAGAGAAUGGCUUUGUUAACCGGAUCUGUGGUCCUAAGUGGUCCGACCUUCUCAUGCAUUUUCCUUUCUGUGUGCCAGGGUUGAUCCCUGUCCCAGUGAAGGAGUUCCUAGCCAAAGUCAAAGAAGACUUCCUCAAGAAAUGGGAGAACCCCUCCCAGAACACAGCCAGUUUGGAUCAGUUUGAUCUAAUCAAGACCCUGGGCACGGGCUCAUUUGGGAGGGUGAUGCUGGUGAAACACAAAGAGACCGGGAAUCACUAUGCCAUGAAGAUCCUGGAUAAACAGAAGGUAGUGAAGUUGAAACAAACUGAGCACACCCUCAACGAGAAAAGGAUCCUCCAGGCCAUCAACUUUCCAUUUCUCAUCAAGCUAGAGUAUUCUUUCAAGGAUAACUCCAAUCUGUUCAAGGUGAUGGAAUAUAUCCUGGGCGGGGAGAUGUUCUCCCACCUAUGGUGGAUCGGGAGGUUCAGUGAACCUCACGCCCGGUUCUACGCUGCUCAGAUCGUCUUGACCUUUGAGUACCUGCACUCGCUGGAUCUCAUCUACCGAGACCUGAAGCCAGAGAAUCUCCUGAUAGACCAGCAGGGCUACAUUGAGGUGACGGAUUUUGGUUUUGCCAAGCGGGUGAAAGGCCAAACCUGGACUCUGUGUGGGACCCCGGAAUACCUGGCCCCCGAGAUCAUCCUCAGCAAGGGUUAUAAAAAGGCUGUGGAUUGGUGGGCUCUGGGCGUCCUCUUCUAUGAGAUGGCAGCUGGUUACCCUCCGUUCUUCGCAGACCAGCCCAUUCAGAUCUAUGAGAAAUCGUCUCUGGCAAGCUCAGACCUGAAGGACCUGCUCCGGAACCUGCUGGAGGUGGACCUCACCAAACGCUUUGGCAACCUCAAGAACAGGGUCAACGACAUCAAGAACCACAAGUGGUUUGCUACCACCGACUGGAUCACCGUCUACCAGAGGAAGGUGGAAGCUCCCUUUAUACCAAAGUGCAAAGGCCCCGGUGACACGAGUAACUUCGACGACUACGAGGAAGAGGAGAUCCUUGUCUCGAUCACUGAGAAGUGCGCCAAGGAGUUUGCUGAGUUCUAGGACCAGUGACAGCCUUCCCCCCCUCCCCCCACUCGGGAGGGUGCGCACGGAGCAGGUGGGGGCGGGGUUGGAUUUGAUCAAGAGAAAGACCCGAGUUCCUUGCCUGUGUGUUUUAUUUUUGUGGGUGGGGGGUAGGGAUUUGCCUGGGUCUGCUUUGGUGGGGAGCGGGAGACCCCUUAUUCUAAACCUGUACCCUCCCCCCUCCCACUAAAAUCCCCCUUUCCCACAAAGAAGCUUGAGAUUCCCAUCUAGAGGGUGAGGAUAUCAUCUGCCCCGCCCUGGGAAACACAUCUGUGUCCUCCAACAAAACUUGU